ACGCGUCGUCGCCGUCGUUUUAAUGUCCUCUCCCGCCGCGCGCGAUGGAUGCCGCGCGCGGAUCUUCCACGUCAACGACGUCUACGUCCUCGAUAACCUCCCCGCGCUGCGCGCGUGCGUGAGGGAGGAGUCCUCUGGGAUCCCGCGACGAAACGUCAUGGUAGACCUCGCGGGCGACUUCCUCGGCCCGUCGCUUCUCUCGUCGCUCGACCACGGCGCGUCCAUGAUCGACGUCCUGAACCGCGUCCCGGUGAACGUCGUGUGCUUCGGGAACCACGAGGCGGACGUGCCGUACGCCGCGAUGCGCCGCCGAUGCGACGAGUUUAAGGGGACGUGGCUCAACUCGAACAUGCCGUCGUUCGAGCACCCGAACGUCGUCGCUCACGCCGAGUGGAAGCUCGACGGUAACCCCAAUCGGUCCGUCGCGCUGAUCGGGCUGAACGUCGGCGGCGGGGUCGACGCGAGCCUGUACCGCGAGGGCGCGAUCGGCGGGCACGCGGCGAAGAUCGUGCCGGUGAUGGACGCGGUGGACGCCGCCGUCGCCGCGGCGAGGGCGGCGUUUCCAGACGCCGACUGCGUCUCCGUCGCGGAGGACGUCGCGCUCGCGAAGCGCGAAGAUUUAGGGUUUCCAUGCGUUCUCGGCGGGCACGACCACGCGGUGUUCGACGAGACGCACGGCGCGCGCGGGUGCAGGGUGGUCAAGGCGGGCGAGGACGCGAAGCGCGUGGUGAUCGUCGAUUUGUUUUGGCCCGCGGAGGCGCCGAGGGGGUCCGCGCCGGAGGUGACGGUUCAGUUCAAGCCGCUUGCGGCGGAAUCCGAAGCGUCGGGCGGCGGCGGCGGCGGCGGCGGCGGCGCGCCGUACGUCCCCGACCCCGAGCUCGCCGCGAUCGUCGAGCGGUGGUCCGCGCCCGCGAUCGAGCUCCAGACGGCGACGCUGGCGGACCUGUCGAAACAUCCGAGUCACCCGCUGAGUUCUCGAGACGUGAGAAGCGGGCCGAACUCGAUGGCGACGGUGCUCGCGACCGCGCUGAAGGUGGCGACGAGGGCGGAGGUCGCGCUGCUCAAUAGCGGCGGCGUCCGCGCGAAGAAAAUCUACGAGGACGGGAAGAUAACCUACGCGGAUCUCAGCGCGGAGUGUCCAUUUCCCGCGCCGUUCGUCGUGAUGAAAAUUUCCGGAAAGGCGCUCUCCGACGCGCUCGUCGCGUCGAGAACGCGGUGGCACGUCGAAGGCGGCCCCGAGGAGGACGGCGACUCGUUCCAGGUCGACGACGGGAUCGCGUUCGACGCGACCACGGACGAGAUCCAGACCGUGAUGUACGGAAAACCGCUCGAGUUGGAGCGUUUAUACGAACUCGUCGUGGACUCGUACAUGAUCGGCGUCAAUCCGGUUUUGAAGGCGUGGAGGGAGGCGAAUCCCGCGUUGAUCCCUCCGGACGACGCCGGACGACCCGCGCUUCCCAUCCUCGUGCAGUACUUUUGCGACAAAGCGUGGACGGCGCUCGUCGACGAGAACCAGGAUGGGAAGAUCGAAACGGCAGAACUAGAUGCGUUUUUCGACGCCGCCGACGCGGAUGGCUCCGGCAAGCUCGACGAGGAGGAGGUGCUCGCGGCGCUCCGCGAAAAGUUGGGGCACAUGGCGUCGAGCGUCGUCGCGCGGCAGAUGCUGGCGGCCGCGGACAGAGACCAGGACGGGAAGGUGAGCAAGACGGAGCUCGUGCAUCUGAUGAAGCUCCGAGCCGGGAGGGAGGAGUAG